AUGGAUGCUCAUCGACCUUUGCGCCGCCGACCGCUGCGAUUCCCAAGCUUCCGGAUACGGUUCUUGCCCAUAUUCGCCGGGCUGUCCUUCGCCGGUCUGGUCAUCGCCCUCGGCACAUUGAUCUAUGUCUCCUACGACUGGGUCAGGGUGAUUUCUGACCCGUACUGGCUGUCCUACGAGCAGAGUUACAGGUGGCACACCAACGGAGUCCGCUCCCUGAUCCACGAGGGCGUUCGAUUCGAUGUGGGGUUGAGCAUCUUCGCCGUCAAGCCAGCCAACGGUACAGAGCGCCCGGAGUGCACGGAGGAGAAACUCGCUCAAUGGAGAUCGAGCAGGAUAGGCUUCACGAAAGCCGACGAAGGGCCUGACAUCCUGAGGACAUCGGAUCGAAGGCUGGAUGACAAGCCUCCCUGCGAUUCUCUCUACGUCCCUGAGACCAAUGAGCUCUGGAGCGGAAUUGUCGCUCGCGAUCUUACGUUGGCUGACAAGACGAGUGAAAGUGGUAUCGAUUUUAACAUUCCUCCGGAAACUCUAAGUCUCUUUGCGGAAGCUACAAAGUCCGUUCCAGUCAAGGAGGGCGUCAAGAAUGCCACAGCACUUCGGCAGACAUACCUGAAUAGUCUGUCUGUUCGCGUUCCGCUCGUGAAAACAAACUUCAGGGGUGCGUUUGUGGCGACCGGGGUGCAAGCAACACUGUUACGCCAAACGAAUUGGAUCAAGAGAGAUGUAUUUGAGGACCGUCACGCGGUGCUCAUGCACGGAGCUUGUACGUCACGCGCCCGAAACUGGGUCAAGCAUCGCCUGUUGUGCGCUGAGGAGCGAUACGAAACCACUGGACAUUGGCGGGCGGCGUAUGAACUGGAAACAAAGACCGCCAAAAGACGCUACAGCCACCUUCAUUAUGCACCCUACCUCAGCUACUCUGGGGUCGGCUCUAUGAGCCAUUUGCAAGUUCCCAAAAGCUCGCAGCUGAAGGAGUUUGGCCACCACAACCUGAAAUUCCGUCUCGCCAUUGUGGGGCACCGGCGCAUGGGCUUCCUUGAUCACGAAACCGUUCUUAAUCCCCAGCUGGGGAGAGACCGAGCGGAAGACCAACGUCGGCACGACGGCUACGAGGCACUGCAUGCCGUGCUGGGUCUCCGGGGUUGGAGGGCUGCUCGUCUUGGUGGAAGCCAUGUGCUCUCCGUUUUAUCAUGGGUUGGAUGGCUGAUGGGGAGGCUCCUGAUACUUCUGUAUUGGGCCACUCGCACUACUACAACUGGCAUCAGCUUAUGGGGCACAUCGCUGCUCGUCAUCGGUGAAGCCCUACGCAGCAUCGCGUUCACGUACGACUACUACCUGGAGACCCUUCCAAGUUGGCUCUUCUACGUCUCAAUCUGGGGCAUCCUGCUUCUUCCUGAAGUUCUGCAAUUAAGAGCCAUUCUGCCGACAUCGCUCGAAAAGCAGGGUGACACAUGGACAGUGGCAGAUAUCCCCCGCACGGCGCGCGAGCGCAGGUCUGCUCGCCUCGACAUCGGCCCCUUCUAUCUCGCCGUGCUCUGGGUCACCCUCACCGCUGCCUCAUACAUGGUGUAUGGAUGGCCGAUGAGAGUCCUACGUGCGUCGCAGGACCAUUUCAUGCGCAAGCAAUUCGAGUACCCCUACCUUGGUGAGGAGGUGUUUAGCCGCAUGUCGCUCCUUCCCAUCGCGCAGGCCACUGUCACAGCUGGGCAGAUCGCACAGCUUGUCAUGAACUUCCGCUCCAAGACCUUCGCGGGCAACUAUGCCCUGACAUGCGCUUGUAAGGUAGCUGCAUUGGGUGGGAUGGCGGCGCCCUUCGUCGCUGGCAAGGCGUACCAUGAGGGAUUGUAUCUCGGUGCUGUCGCUCAGGGGUUUCUUGUGUUAGCUGAGGCUGCACAGGCUGCGUGGUACCCUCGGGUUGAGCAGGAGGUGGAGGACGACGACGUGGAGUUGUGA